AUAAUUAAGUUAUAUAUGUAUUUUCAUCUUGAAUGUAUUUUUUACAGAGAAAUUGAGAAAGCUAUUGACAAAUUGAGCAGGAAUCACCUUAGGCACAUCCAGGCCUACGAUCCCAAUGGGGGAAAAGAUAACGAACGUCGUCUCACAGGAAGGCAUGAGACUUCUUCGAUCCAUGACUUCAGUGCAGGCGUAGCAAAUCGCGGGGCUAGUGUUCGCAUUCCUCGAGGGUGUGCAGAAGAAAAGAAAGGUUACUUGGAAGACAGACGACCAGCAUCUAACUGUGAUCCGUACGCAGUAGCAGAAGCGUUAGUCAGAACUUGCAUUUUGAAUGAAUGAAAUUUUAGAACAAUUUAUACAAGUUUCAUAUACCUAUUUGUUUUUAUUAUAUGUUUUAGAUAUGUUUUUAAUAUUAUAACUAUUUUGAAGUCGACAGUCAUCACUGUAUACGUGUUUUCCAUUAAAAUCACUAAAAUGUUUGUGUUAUAUGUAUAAAUCAAUUAAAACGUCACGUUACA